CCUCGUAGUUUCCAAUUCUGUCUUGGGUAUUUGUUUCUUCGUCGUGUGCUGUAUGACGUUUGCUUCAAAUUCGACAAAUUCGAUGAAGGAAGUGGAAAUGGAGUGCUAUGUCUGCAUAAAUUGCGGGAAGAGACAAAGCAAUCUAUACAAGAAGUAUGAUAAAAUAAUUAAAACUAUUAACUGUGACCAAUGUCACAAAACCGCAGAUAAAUAUAUAGAGUUCGAACCUGUCAUAACAAUUGUUGACUUCAUGUUGCUAUCCCACUCAUCUUACCGCCAUGCACUCCAUAACCGAGAUUUUAAGUUGUUUUGGAAGUUGUCGCUGAUAUUGUUAUUGCUCGAAUCGCUAACCUUGUGGAGGGGGGAAAACGAGCGAAAGUUGAAAAUAGCCAACAACGAUUCACCACCAUAUGAACAUGGAUUCUAUAAUUGUUGUGCCUAUAAAAUCGGCGAAUUUUUGCUUUGCACAAUGCUAAUGGUAAUUGCAAAUAUUACUUUGGGAUCGAAACCAACCGGCCUUAGCGUGAUGGAUAGUAGCUACCUGAUGAUGAAAGCUUACGCACUCGCAAACUUUUCUAAAUUCUUCCUAUUGCCGAUUAUGCUCUGGCGGGAGAACACUACAGAGUUUGGUGCAUCGCUUCAUCGAUUCUUCGUAACAGCUCAUCAUUUGUGUGCACUAGUUUCCGUGUAUAUUGUAGUAAGUCGGUGUCGACCUGUGAUAUCGACAGUGGUUGUGAUUUCUAUAUAUGUUCUUAAGGAAUAUCUGAUGACACAGUAUUUUGCCAUAGAUAUUUAAGCGCCAUUAAUAAAUAAAACAUAUCAGGUACUUUCGAGUGUACCGUUUUUGAUUUCAGAA